UCUUUCCACUCCAACCCAAAAUCCAGCCCAAAUUGAAGCCGGGCCCACCACGCUUUCCACUCCAACCCAAAAUCCCGCCCAAACUGAAGCCGGGCUCACCACGCCACGAACUCGGCUCGCCUUCUGCGCCGCACGCUGGGCCGGCUUCUACACGAAAGCCCAUCUCCAGCUCAUUUAAGUGAGCCACCACUCUCCUCCGUUGAAUGAAGCCCAAGCACACGUGGCCCAAAAUCUGACCCUAUCAGUAUCUCCUAACAAAAUGUCCUGUUAGGAGACUAACUUUUUCGGGUGCGCCCAGGAAAAUACAACUGGUAGGUCAAUUAAAGAAAUGGAGUGCGCCGGUAGGGGAAGCAGAGGACCGUGCGUCGCUCCGGCCACAAGGCGAUGCGGUGGAUGCGGCGCAGUUGCUUAUUGCUCUGUCUCUCAUCAGCUUUCGCACUGGGAUCACCAUAAGCAAGAAUGCGAGAGGUUGGAGCAGCAAAUGAAGCGCGUGGAAGCCUUGAACGAGUUCCCUUUCACUUUCUCCGAAGAAGCUACUCUGGAGGUGUUUGAAAAGCGGGAGAGUAGGUGUUCGUUCUUGAGCAAAAGAGGGAUCCAUGGAUUGGGAAUGUGGAAGUAUGAAUGCGGCUGCGGAGACUCUCUUGCUUCUGCUGAUUCCACAAGGUCAGAACGAGAAAGUUGGAAUCUCCCUCGCGAGCUAUGCCCUUGUAGUGGGCCAGCGUCUUUAAAGUCGGAUGCUUUGAGCAAUUGGAAAGAUUACUAUGAGUGGAGGUGUCUACCCCUCCAUUCACCAGUUGCUCUGCUUCUUCAUUGGCCACUCCUUGUAUAUUAUGCCACUCGAAUUGCUUUAUCGGGGAAAUCAGGUUUUGAGACGACCAAGCAACUCUUUAUACACUAUCUUGGGCCUGAGAAAGAGCUUUUUCAACUUGCUGCUUUUGGGGAGUUGUGUGCACUCUUUCCUGGUGUACGCAUCCAUGUAGAGCUUGUUGGACCAGCGAUUCCAGAGAAGAGGGAUGGUGAGAAGAUCGAUAUAGAUGAUUAUGCCCAUUGUCAGGGUGCAGAUUGCAUGUGCAGAUCUUCCAGCCUGAAUAAAAGGUCAGCUGUUAGCUCUUGCAUGUCUUCUGCUGUGACACUAAGGCUGCGAAAAGGAUUUUACCAUGACCGUUAUAGAGAUAUAACUGAGGAUUCAUUUCCUCACCUUGUCGUUGCUCCUAAUGCUGGCAUUGCAGCUUAUCCAAGUUGGUUACCUACUAUAGAGCUGAUAAAGGAGAUGAACAUUCCAGCGGUAUUUUCUGAUUACUGCGAAGAAGCUUGUCAUCUUGCAGCUCGGUGCAUACACAGUGUGACUGGCCGUCCUAUUAGAAUUCCUAUUCAAUUGAAUCCUUUCAGGCAGCCACUGGUGGUAGAGAACAGCCCUCUUUUUAUUCCUUGCUACCCCAAUUGCUUCCUGUUUGGGAUGUGAGAAGUGAUAACAUCUGCUGUGGAACGAAUGUGGAAGUACUGAACAAAAAGCUGUACGUCGGGGAAUGUGUACGUAUAGGUUUGCCUUUCCUUUUCCAUGGUUUUGAUAAUCUCUUACUUAAACACAGUUUAUCAAACAUCUGCAGUUAUCUGUGUUAGUAUAUCUGGGCCUUUCAUCUUUAAUGGCAAUUUGACGGUGGAACUUUUGUGAUAAUUCUACUUGAGAAUGCGAUGUGAAUGAUGUAUAAAUAGUAAUGUCGAACCAUCUUCUAGGAAAGCCAAAACAGAGCAUAGCAGAAACUAAUCCCAGAAUCAAGCGUUUGUUCCUUGCAUUCUAUUACGGCUGUGUUACAAUGUUGUAUUUAGCAUUGAGAAUGGGAAGUUGCUGAGACUUUGAGAUAUUUUUUUAAUUUAGGAAAAUUUAAGAAAAUAGAAGUUUGAGAUAUAGGGAAAACCAUAACAGGCUAUUUCUUUAUGCUUGGGAGUCUAAUAAAUUUUUAAGAGUUUGGUUUGCUUUAUUUCAAAUUUUUUUUUUUUUUGAAAUGAGAGUUAAUGUAGCUAGUCUAUUUUUGUUUACGAUAUCUAAUUUUUCUAUGUAAAUGUGGCUCAGUGCUCUACUAUAUCCUGUAUCCGCCGCUAGGUUCCAAAACUUCAACCUAGAACCAAAGUACAAGUUUCCAUAGUUUUGAUCUAGACGCUUCCUCAAUAAACAAUAACCACUAACAACGGCAAAAAGCACACUUCCUCCAAUUCCAACCAAUCAUGAACACUAUUCAUAACAAACUUUCUUUGCUACACUUGCUAUCAAACUUUUCAAGCACAAGAGUAAAGGAGAUAAACAAGCAUGUAAGUGUCUCAAUAGCUUGCAUGCAAAGAAACACUUUUUAAGAGCAUAAUCAACUUUUGUGGCAACUCUCUUUUCUUCCUAACCCUCUUUAUUUCUUUCCUUUUAUUUUCCUUUCUUUACCACUUAUUGAGGGCUAGUAGAGAACUAUCAACACAUGCCACAUUUUGAACUUAAUGAACAAAGCUCACUUUUAAGAACUUCCUCCAACACUCACUUUUCCAUUCUUGGCAAAAUCAUGCACAAAUCACUCAUGUGGAACCCUAAUUAAGCUCAAAUGAUAUGAUGGGAGCUUCCAAACACAAAGGUGGCUCGACAAAGGUGUAGACUCGAAGAAAGUAGGGUCGCUUUAUCUAUCUCAAUCAAGCUCAAGUAGAUAAAUCUACCUAACACGAGAGAGACCCUUAGACGCACGGCUCAAAAGGGUUGAGUAUGUGAUAAUUCAAUCGGGAUAAAUUAAAUUUUGGGUGGUGGACUAAACCUAUGCCUUCAUCUUCCUUGACAGUGACAACGUGCAUACUACACAUCAUGGUAAGAGGGAUCUAUCACACAAGAACAAAACGAGCGGCAAAAAUCUCACUUGGCUACCUAGAUGCUCAAUCAUUCAUUGUAAUUUCUAAAUUUUGAUGCACAAGCAAUUGUAAUAAAUGAGUAAUCAAUCC